GAAUUGUGAUUUGAUUACCGGACGAUAUUAUGAUUUAGCAAACUAACCUCUUCAUCCUUUAUUAGUUCUGAACACUGAAAUAUCUACAAACAAAUUGUAGUUUUAAUACUGUGAGCAUGAAGCCUUAGACUAACUUUAAACUCUCUAUCUCAUUAUGAAACAAGAGACACAAGACUGCUUUGCAGUUAAAGUUGCUAUUUUUGAAUCUACACAAGUUGCCCUAAAUGUUGAGUUUUUAUCACUUAUACCUGCAACCAUUGAUCUUUCAUCAUUUUUCAUCACUCUUGCAGAAGAAAUGCAACUUACAUUUUGUGAACAGAUUGAUAAUGGCUGUCCUGUACUUCUUGGACUAUGGAGUAAUGUUUUAAAAGCAGAGAAAAGAUUAGAAGAGCUUUUGGAGUCUUGGGAAGAGGAAAAAUCUACUGAUCCGGACCAGAAAUCCAUUGACACAAAUGUUUUAUGUUCGGCAACCAAUGGAGAAACGGAACCAAUCCAAGUAAAUAUUUUUACUUCUGAGUCUAGCUCUCAGCCUCAACCUACAGUUUCCGUGGACUCUACACUCGUUCUGUCCAGCACUCAAUUAACAGCGACUGGCAGUUAUGAGUCAACCGAUCUAACAAGCCCUCCUCAAUUAUACGUCUUACCCUCCACAGCACCACAAAUUCUGCGAGGUGCAGUUGCUAAUGUGAAAAAAACCCCCCAGAAAAACAAAGAGCAUAGAAAAGAGAAUGUAGGGGCUAAAAGUGAUGAUUCUGGUUCUGAUCUGAAAGAGAUCUAUGUGGAUAUUGCUGUUAAUCCUGUGAAAACUGUAACAUCUCAAAACAAACAAAAAAUCCCCAGUGUUGAUCUCAAUACAUCACCAUCGGACCAGCAUCCACUAGACAAACUCUGCCAGCUUCUCUGCAUUGAUGAGGAUGAGACUUUUGAGAAAAGAAUGUGUGAGUCGGAGAAAAGACGGAAGCAUGAGGAAACAUUGCAAUACAAAUAUUUUUGUGAUCAAUGCUCUUUCAAAGCCAAACGAGAAAACCAUCUUCUCAAACAUGCAAAACUGCAUGAAAAAAUAAAAGACUUAUUAUGUUGUGAUCAGUGUGACUUCAAGACGAUACGAGAGAGUGUGCUUGGCCGCCACAAGAUGAAUCAUUCUGCCACGCAACUGCUCUGUAAGCUCUGUCCCUACAAGACAGAUAGCAGCAGUUUCAUGUUGAAGCAUCUUCAAGCUAGGCAUAGCCCUAAAGUUCAGAAAAAAUUGAAAUGUAACUCUUGUGAGUAUAUUGCAUCCACCCCUCGAGAACUACAAAAACAUCAAAAACUUCUGCACAAACCUGAAGAUCAGCCCAAAUUUUGGAAGUGUUCUAAGUGUCCGUACAAGUCAAAGCUGCGAGCCCACCUGACGCGACAUGAGAACGAUGCGCACGGUAGCCUGAGACAGUUCCUGUGUCACUACUGUGGGAAGAGUUUCAAACGCAAUGACACUCUAACACAGCACAAGGUCAUCCAUGGAGAGGUGAACAAGACUUUCACCUGUCAACACUGUGGAAAGAUCUGCACGUCAUCAGUCUUCCUCCGUGAACAUCUGGCAUCCCACACCACAGAGAGACCGUUCUUGUGUGACAUGUGCGGGAGUUCUUUCAAGACUAGAGGAGCUACACAGAGACACAAGCGAGUGAUGCACUCUACCAGUGUGCCAAUGUUCCCAUGUACUCAAUGUGAACGCACAUUCAAGGCCAAGACUGACUUAAACAGGCAUAGGAAGACUCACAGGUUAAAAACGGAGGCUACCAUUGUGCCCGGAGUUAUAAGUGGAGCCAAUGUACAGGAAGAUGUCAUCAGCACACCCAUCACCAUCCAAGUUGUGUAUACUCACCAGUUAGAGUCUAAUAAUCCAGAUGGAACAAAUAAAUGAUUUUUUAAAUACAA